CGCACAUUAGCGCAGCGAAUCAGCAGCUUCAACAACCCAAACAAGAGUCGCAACUAGGCGUGCUCAAAGUACGCCAACUAAACCUCAAUCAAUGACAAUGAUCUUCUAAAAGUCACACUGAGGCUAAUGAUGCGAACGGACCUACUGGACAGACAGCAGUUUUAGACUAUAUUUCGCGGGAUAAUUUGUGAUGGCUACUACUGAGAUGGAAUCGGGUUCUUCAGAGUGCAGGACAGACCAUCGGACAAUAAAUCCUAAUUCUAAGUACCCACUUAAAGUUCUUUAUUGUGGAGUGUGCUCUCUGCCUACAGAGUUCUGUGAGUACAUGCCUGAGCCAGCCAAAUGUAGACAGUGGCUUGAGAAGAACUUUCCAGAUAUAUUUGCCAGGAUGACCGUUGGCCCGGCCGCGAACUUACCCAAGCAGGAACCCGGCACUGGAGAAGUUUCCCCUGCAGGCGAGGAGGAGGAGAAAAAGAAACAGAAGAGAGGUGGAAGAGGCCAGAUCAGACAGAAAAAGAAGACCUUGCCUCAGAAAGUUUCGAUAGCAAAAAUCCCAAGAGCCAAGAAGAAAUACGUCACACGGGUGUGUGGCCUGGCAACAUUCGACAUCGAACUUAAAGAGGCUCAGCGAUUCUUUGCCCAGAAAUUCUCUUGUGGUGCCUCAGUUACAGCCGAGGAUGAAAUUAUCAUUCAGGGAGAUUUUACAGAUGACAUAAUCGACGUCAUUCAAGAGAAGUGGCCUGAGGUGGAUGAUGAAAGCAUUGAUGAUCUGGGUGAAGUCAAGAAGUGAAGACCAAAUAUGCACUUUGAAAAAUGGAUGUGACCUGUAACAGCAACGACCUGGCCAAAUGUACACAUUAAGUCAUUUUAUACCUCUUUUAUUUACUGUACAUAAAAAGCUGCGGACUUGGCCACUCACUUGGCAUUUUUUUAGUUAAUAGCCACUUUCUCUCGUUUGCCAAAGGUGUGGUGUGGCGUGACUUCCUCCCCAAAUGUUCUUCACUCAAGCAACUGUAGGCUAAUAAAUUUCAGUCUCCCUCA